CUCUGGGCCCCAGUUUAUUCAUCUGCCAAGUGGUUGCCUUGACUAGACCACUGUUUUUCAAAGGAAUAAUCCUGUGGGUGGAUAGGAAGCAGGAAGGGUGCAGAGGGGCUAGGUGGAUGGACAUCUGCACAUUAGUGGUGGACACCUCCACUUCAGGGCACAGCCUGGACUUGUGCAUAUGACUUUCUAAGAAGAGACAUUUCUGCAGCUAGAAUAAGAAAAAAUUUAAGGAAAGAAGAAGAUCUUAGAAAACCCACUUUCAGUUUUCUCUGAGAAGAAAAAAAAUCCAUCCAGGGCAUAUUCCUGGGACUGAGGCAGUGUGCAGAGGACGUAAGCAUAGAUAGUUGUUUAUGGCUUUCACAUUGAAGCCCCCCAACUUCUGAGAAACCUAGAAGUGGGCUAUGCAUGGAGGAAGCUUUGAAGCCGGGAUUGGUGGGAGGCAGAGUGAGGCAUGAGGUAAGAGGCCGGGCCACACAGGUGCCCUAGACAUAAAAGGCCGUGAAGCAAGGGCGUCUCCACCCCCUGUCCUGCUCUCUGGGGCUUUAAGCUGCCUGCUUCUACACAGGAAGGGAUUUCAGUUGCCUGGACCUAAAUCCUGUCUGCCUAUUUCUGCGGCUGGUGCCAAAGAGCAUCCCCACCCAGAGCUAUAAGGUGAAACUUAAGUCACCGGAGCAAUGCCUUGCCCAUCGGCAUCAGACGCGUUGGUUUUCUUUGUGAAUGGGAGGAAGGUGACGGAGCGGAAUGCGGAACCAGAAGUCACCCUGCUGACCUUCCUACGAAAGAACUGGACCCUUUUGAUCCAAGUCUCGGCUGUACGCUUCACGGGAGCCAAGUAUGCCUGCGGGAGAGGAGGCUGCGGGGCCUGCACCGUGAUGGUGUCUAAGCAUGAUCCCGUGUCCAAGAAAAUAAGACACUUCUCUGUCACCGCGUGCCUGGUGCCCAUCUGCUCUCUGUAUGGAGCCGCUGUCACCACUGUGGAAGGUGUUGGAAGCCUCAAAACCAGGAUUCACCCUGUGCAGGAGAGGAUUGCCAAGACCCAUGGCACCCAAUGUGGGUUCUGCACCCCUGGGAUGGUGAUGUCCAUGUACACACUGCUCAGAAACCACCUGCAGCCCUCAGAGGAGCAGCUCAUGGAAGCCCUGGGGGGUAAUCUCUGCCGCUGCACGGGGUACCGGCCAAUCCUCGCAAGCGGAAGGACCUUCUGCGUGGAGUCAAAUGGCUGUCAACAGAAAGCAACAGGAAAAUGCUGCUUGGAUCAGGAAGAAAAUGAUUCUUCCUUACUCUGCGGAAAGAGUGACAUUUGCACGGAGUUAUUUGCCAAAGAGGAGUUCCAGCCCUUGGACCCUACUCAGGACCUCAUAUUUCCCCCAGAACUCUUGAGAAUGGCAGAGAACCCAGAAAAACGAACCCUGACCUUUCAUGGAGAGAGGGUUACCUGGAUCUCCCCUGGGACCCUCAAGGAUCUUCUGGAGCUGAAAGCGAAACAUCCUGAAGCCCCUCUUAUCCUUGGCAACACCUCCCUGGGACCUGCAAUUAAAUCUCAAGGACAUUUUCACCCAAUUCUCCUCUCUCCUGCUAGGAUUUCUGAGCUGAGUAUGGUGUCUGAAACAAGUGAUGGACUGACAAUAGGUGCCAGCUGCAGUCUGGCCCAAGUGAAGGACAUCUUAGCUGAGAGGAUUUCCGAGCUCCCAGAGGAGAAAACUCAGACAUACCGAGCCCUCCUGAAGCACCUGAAGAGUCUGGCAAGCCAGCAGAUCCGGAACAUGGCAUCCUUAGGGGGCCAUAUUAUAAGCCGGCAUUGCUAUUCAGAUCUGAAUCCAAUUCUGGCGGUGGGCAACACUACCCUCAAUGUGAUAUCAGAAGAAGGCACACGGCAGAUUCCUCUAAACCAACAUUUUCUUGCUGGGUUGGCAAGUGCAGAUCUUAAGCCAGAGGAGAUUUUGGAAUCUGUGUAUAUCCCUCACUCUAAAAAGUGGGAAUUUGUGUCAGCCUUCCGACAGGCUCAGUGCCAGCAAAAUGCCUUGGUGGACGUGAACGCUGGCAUGCGAGUCCUCUUCAAGGAGGGCACUGACACCAUCGAGGACCUGAGCAUCGCCUACGGAGGCAUUGGAGCUGCCACGAUCAGUGCACAUACAUCCUGCCGGCGGCUCCUAGGGAAGCACUGGAACAAGCUGAUGCUGGAUGAGGCUUGCAGGCUGCUUCUAAAUGAAGUCUCCCUCCCUGGCUGGGCUCCAGGUGGGAAGGUGGAAUUCAAGAGGACUCUGGUGGUCAGCUUCCUUUUCAAAUUCUACCUCGAAGUUCUGCAGGAGCUGAAGAAGCUCCUGACGCUGUUCACUGUGCCUGACAGCCGUCAUUACCCUGAAAUUUCAGAUGGAUUCCUAAGUGCGCUAGAAGAUUUCACGGUCACAGUACCCCAGGGAGUCCAAAGGUACCAGAGUGUGGAUUCUCACCAGCCCCUCCAAGAUCCAGUUGGACGUCCCAUCAUGCACCUGUCAGGUAUUAAACAUGCCACAGGUGAAGCCGUAUUUUGUGAUGACAUCCCCAUAGUGGACAGAGAGCUUUCUAUGGCUUUGGUGACCAGUACCAGAGCCCAUGCAAAAAUCAUAUCAAUUGAUUUGUCUGAGGCCCUUGACCAACCUGGGGUGGUUGAUGUGGUAACAGCCGACGACAUUCCAGGCACCAAUGGUGCUGAAGACGACAGACUGCUGGCUGUAGAUGAGGUACUUUGUGUGGGCCAGAUCAUCUGUGCUGUGAUUGCAGAGACAGAUGUACAGGCAAAGCGUGCAAUUGAAAAGAUAAAGAUCACCUCUGAAGAUCUGGAGCCCGUAAUCUUCACCAUCGAGGAUGCCAUAAAACACAAUUCAUUCCUGUGCCCUGAAAAAAAACUUGAACAAGGAAACAUUGAGGAGGCAUUUGAAAAAGUUGACCAAAUUGUUGAAGGAGAGGUCCACGUUGGAGGACAGGAACAUUUUUACAUGGAAACACAAAGAGUGCUUGUUAUUCCUAAGACAGAGGACAAAGAACUGGACAUUUAUGUGUCGACACAGGAUCCAACGCUUGUGCAGAAAACAGUGUCCUCUACUUUAGACAUCCCCAUCAACAGGAUCACCUGUCAUGUGAAAAGAGUGGGUGGGGGUUUCGGCGGGAAGGUAGGAAGACCAGCUGUAUUCGGGGCUAUAGCAGCUGUGGGCGCCAUCAAAACUGGUCACCCCAUUCGUCUUGUUCUUGAUCGUGAAGAUGAUAUGCUAAUAACUGGGGGAAGGCACCCAUUAUUUGGAAAAUAUAAAGUGGGAUUCUUGAACAACGGACAAAUCAAAGCUCUAGACAUUGAAUGCUUCAUUAAUGGAGGAUGCGCCCUGGAUGACUCUGAACAGGUAACAGAGUUUCUUACACUGAAGAUGGAAAAUGCAUAUAAGAUCCGCAACCUCAGGUUCCGGGGCCGUGCAUGCAUGACAAAUUUACCAUCCAAUACAGCCUUUCGAGGAUUUGGCUUUCCACAAGGAACCCUCAUAACAGAAUCUUGCAUCACAGCUGUGGCAGCCAAAUGUGGCCUUCUGCCAGAAGAGAUAAGGGAGAAAAACAUGUACAAAACAGCUGAUAAAACCAUCUACAAACAAGUGUUCAACCCUGAGAACCUAAUAAGGUGUUGGAACGAAUGUCUGGAUAAGUCUUCCUUUCAGAGCAGAAGAACGCAAGUGGAAGAGUUUAAUAAGAAGAAUUACUGGAAGAAGAGAGGCAUUGCUAUUGUCCCCAUGAAGUUUUCAGUUGGCUUUGCUGCAACAAGCUAUCAUCAGGCAGCUGCACUCGUUCACAUCUACACAGACGGGUCUGUAUUGGUCACACAUGGAGGCAACGAACUGGGACAAGGUAUUCACACCAAAAUGCUGCAGGUGGCCAGCCGUGAAUUAAAAAUACCCAUGGCUUAUAUACACAUCUGUGAAACAAGUACAGCCACAGUGCCUAACACAGUUGCCACAGGAGGCUCCAUCGGUUCGGACGUCAAUGGCAGAGCUGUGCAGAAUGCUUGUCAGAUCCUGCUGAAACGCCUUGAACCCAUCAUUAAGAAAAAUCCAGAAGGUACCUGGGAAAACUGGGUAGAAGCUGCUUUUGAACAGAGAAUCAGCCUUUCAGCCACUGGAUACUUCAGGGGUUACAAAGCCUUCAUGGACUGGGAGAAAGGAGAAGGAGACCCUUUUCCAUACUAUGUCUAUGGAGCAGCCUGUUCUGAGGUUGAGAUUGACUGCCUGACAGGAGCUCACAAGAAAAUCAGAACGGACAUCGUCAUGGAUGCAUGUUGCAGCCUAAAUCCGGCCAUUGAUAUUGGGCAGAUUGAAGGUUCAUUCAUUCAGGGAAUGGGCCUUUAUACAACUGAAGAGCUGAAAUAUUCUCCAGAAGGUGUCCUGUACUCUCGAGGCCCAGAUGAGUACAAAAUUCCAACCAUCACUGACGUCCCAAAGCAGUUCAAUGUCUCCCUGUUGCCUUCAUCACAAACUCCACUAACCAUCUAUUCAUCCAAGGGCCUGGGGGAGUCUGGAAUGUUCCUGGGGUCAUCUGUGUUCUUUGCCAUCACUGAUGCUGUGGCCGCAGCACGACGAGAAAGAGACAUACCUGAGGACUUCACAGCAACAAGCCCAGCAACACCAGAGUGGGUUCGAAUGGCCUGUGCAGAUCAGUUCACAGAGAUGAUCCCAAGAGAUGACCCUAAGACAUUUAAACCUUGGUCUAUCCCUAUAGCAUAACACAGCUGUCAUUUCCUAAAAGAUGUUUUCAUUUUCACAAGUGAGAAAAUGGCUUGUUAAUCCCAACUGGACUCCAAACUGAUAUCCUUACACUGGUGCAGGGGAAAAAAAGGACACAAAAUUUAGAAACAUUAUUCAAAUCUGAUUAUAUUAACAAAAUGAAUCAUUUACUUAGCCUUUCUAGCCUAGAGGCCACCAAAUACUGUAAUACCCAUAGCAAAUAAGAUCAAUGCUGAUUUGUUUCUGAAGAUAUCAUGUAAAUAUUGCUGUAAAAGCAAAUUCUUCCUUUCUGUGUCCAUCCAAUCUAACUUAACUAGUAAUACAGGUUACAACCCCAAAAUGGACACUUCUCAGUACACAAACGUGAUCACUUUUCCCAAGGAUGUGUUUCAUUCAGGGCUACAGGUAGGGACACCUCAUGAGUUCUGCAAGGUUUUGUUCUGUAUUGUUUUUACUGUGGAUUACCUGCAGGUCUGUGUAUGUGCAUUUGACAGCAAAGGAAUGGUAUGCUUCUCAUGUAGAACCACUCUUCAACUAGUUAACAUUCUUUUGGAAUUUGGAGGGAAAAAUCAAUGUAAAAACAUUUUCAAUAUAUUAUCACAAAACCUUUUUUUUUUUUAAUUGUGAAAAACAGGAAUCUCGUAUCAGAGUUUCAGAAAUGCUUCACUGCUCAGUUUCUCAUAUAUUGAAGUGGGUAACAGAGUCAACGAGUUCUAAGUUAUAAUCUCCCCUAUAUUGUGGUUUAAAAUAUGCAGGAUCUCCCAAAUUCUAUUAAUCUGAGUUUUAGGGGCUUUCAUUGGACGAGAAACCAGUGUAUGAAUUUGGCCUUGUUUAACAAGAAAGUCAGCAGUUAAACUGACACUCUAGCCAGAAUUCACAUGAUCAGGUCCUUUGUGUGCAGUGAUUCCUGAAGUGAAUGAGGGAGGGGAGGCCGCUUGGUGACUGGGAAAAGAAGGCAAAGAUUAGGCAUGCAGUACAGCCCGAAGGAGGCCGAAGGUCACCGGAGGCAAUGGCCACAUCUGAUUGAAGGCACUGGGACACAGCUGUCCACAGGCCCAUCCACUGACUUGGCCACGGGCCACAGGAGUCCAAGGGAGGAAGGAAGACAGGAGCUCAGAGAAAAAGAAGACAGUGGCAGAAGGGUCACAGGCAGAACAAAAAUUAUGCAAGACUUUUGUUCACAUGAACAGAAAAGCUGGGGUACUUAGUGGGAGUAGAAAGAAGUUGAAAAUAACAAAAAUAGUUUUGGCUCUUGAAAAUCUUGAAUUGUGUGAACUAUUAUGAAUGUGAGAAAUUUGUUUUUUAUCAUGUAUAUCAUUUCACAUGGAGAUAAAUAUAAUUUGUAUUUUUUUAAUGUGGUCUAUUAGGGCUAUGGAUGAAUACUGGGCAUUUAUUUUCCAUUUGCCACAGUUGAGAACUAUAAAGCACUAAAAAUAGAGAGGUCUGCAUAAAAAUCAUUCAUGUAAGCUGAUGCACUAAAAUCUAGAUGGCAUGGGUAUAAAUAAAAUGCUCUUUUGAAACCACAUACUUGAAACCAGUUUUUCGGGCUCAAUAAGCACUGUUAAAGGAUGAAGUUUCCUAAAUUUUUUGAAAAAGUAAUACAUUUUCACAGUUCAAAAAUAUUAAAAUGUAUAUGGUGCAAAGACUUACUCUUGGACCAUCCCCAUCCAGCCCCUUCUCACACAAGCACAGAGUGUAAUCACUUUUAUUAGCUAUGUUUUUUUCCUUCAGCAAUAGUUGGUCCCAGAAAGCCCAGCCACUCUUGUCAAGAUUAAAGCUACUCUCAGCUUGUCCCACACAUGGAUGGGACACAAGGCCAAAUGUCAGGAUGUUAGGGGAAGUCCAAGGUGACAGGACAAGCACCAUUCACAUCCCUGGGUUACACCUGCCAAGCUCACUGAGCGAGGUGCUGUUCCCUCGCUUUCUGUCUGGACAAUUCCACCUCUCCCGUGUCAGCAGUGCCCUGGCACCUAAAUAGUGAGGAACUGUCACCCUCUUGGCUCUGCUUCUAGCCCUCUUGUUUCCUCUCCCUGGCUUUCUGUCCGGGGGACAGGAGACAUCUGUAUUCUUGCUCUCUGGGCCUGGGUUCUCUGCAUGGAUUUUUUUCUUCAUGUAAAGGAAAAAACAUUCUGCUCCCAGCACCACCCUGGAACAGUGAAAAUGAACACUUGAUCUAUCUCAGAUAAUUGGGUAGACAACA